CAUAGAUGUAACCAGAAGUGGCCAGUGACGUAUUUAAGAAUGCGUGUUACAUUGUCCCGCCUCAUUAGUAGCUGUUAUAUCAUCGCUAUGAAAACAAAGACCAAAUUAAGUCUUUGUGCAUAUUGAAUUGUUAAUGUCAACAGCGUCUUUGGUUUUCAUAUUGAAUGCAGCCCCGUGCAGAACAGAUACUGUUCCGAAUACUGUGCAGACGGUGAAGCCAAAGGGCAUCCAUGGAUCCUGCGAUGGUCUGCAUCCGCGAAACAGGAAGUAGGCUAGGCUAGAAUCGCAUAAUAACUACUUACGUCAAAGUCGCCACGGUACUGACUGGCAUAACAUAUCACAGGUAUUGCACAAAUGUACAAACUCCAUAUUUCGUCAUCAUAGGCUCAGCGUUACACGUGUUUGGCUCGUGAAUUUUGGUGAACUGUCAGAGAGAUCAGAGUUCUAGGUGGUCGGCCCUCAGGAGCCUGUCCGGGAUCGGGUCGGGCGUGGUCGUGGACGGCUCCGUUUGGUCGAUGCCGGCGCGUUGAGCGGGUGGGGCAGGAUGAGCGGGGCGGCCCUGGGCAUCGAGGUCGUGGUGGUCUUCUUCCUGGCGCUGUUCCUGCUGCAUCGCUAUGGCGAUUUCCGGCGGCAGCAGCUCAUGGUGCUCUUCGGCACGCUGCUGGCCUGGUUCCUGUGCUUCCUCAUCGUCUUCAUCCUCCCGCUGGACGUCAGCACAACCAUUUAUAAGCAAUGCAAGAAGGACCAUGAGCAGCAUGAGGUUGUGACUGCGUCCAAUCAGACCAUGCCCAACUCCCCCGUCUCUCUGACAGAAAGCGUUCAUGAGUGCUACAGGCCGUGGAGCUACAUUCCUGAAGGAAUAAUGCCCGUGUUCUGGAGGGUUGUGUACUGGACCUCACAGUGUCUGACCUGGCUGCUCCUGCCCUUCAUGCAGUCGUACGCUCGCUCCGGCGCGUUCUCCAUCACGGGGAAGAUCAAGACGGCCCUCAUCGAGAACGCCAUCUACUACGGCACGUACCUGCUGGUCUUCGGGUCCCUGCUCAUCUACGUGGCCGUGCACCCGAAGUGGCGUUUGUCCUGGUACGAGCUGCAGACCAUCGGCAUCACGGCGGCCAACACCUGGGGCCUGUUCCUGCUGGUGCUGUUGCUAGGCUACGGCCUGGUGGAGAUCCCGCGCUCGUACUGGAACUCCGCCCGCCCCGGCUACCUGCUGGGCAAGACCUACUUCAAGGCCGCCAAGCUGAUGACCGAGAAGGCGGACGCGGAGGAGAACCUGGAGGACACCAUGGAGGAAGUGAGAAAACUCAGCGAGUCCAUCAAGUACAACAACCCUCUGAGGAAGUGCGUUGAUACAAUUCUGAGAAAGUGUCCGGUGGACUACCAGGAGAAGAUGGGGAGGAAUAUGGACGAUUACGAGGACUACGACGACCAACGGAGCACUUACCCCAGCGAGAAGAGCUUCGCCAAGCUCCAUAAACAGGUGAUCUAUGCGGUGCAGCGGCAGAACCGGACGCAGGUGCAGUGGCGGAUCCUGCUGGAGCAGGCCUUCCACCUGGAGGACGUGGCCCGCAAUGAGACCAGCCCCUCCCGCCUGUUUGUGCGCAGUUUCCCCCCCCCGGAGCAGCGCGGCUGGGUCAGCAGGGUGCUCUACCCCCCCACCGUGGAGUGGUACUGGGAGUGUCUCCUGAGGCAGUGGUUCUACCGGGCCCUGGCGGUGGUUCUGAGCCUGUUCUCCGUGGCGGUGGUGUGGUCCGAGUGCACCUUCUUCAGCACCCGGCCCGUCCUCUCCCUCUUCGCCGUCUUCAUCCAGCUGGCCGAGAGAGACUACAACUACCUGUACAUAGAGAUGGCGUGCUUCAUCACCAUCUUCUUCCUCUGCACCUGCGUGUACUCCACCGUGUUCCGCAUCCGAGUCUUCAACUACUACUACCUGGCCCCCCACCAUCAGACCGACGCCUACAGCCUGCAGUUCAGCGGCAUGUUGUUCUGCCGCCUGACUCCGCCCCUCUGCCUGAACUUCCUGGGUCUCAUCCACAUGGAUGCGGCCAUUUCGCACCAGGACAAGGAGCAGACUGCGUACACCUCUAUCAUGGGAUCCAUGACGGUUCUGUCUUUCAUCGCUGACGGCUUCUACAUUUACUACCCCAUGCUCAUCCUCCUGCUGUGCAUCGCCACCUACUUCAGCCUCGGGACCCGCUGUCUCAACCUGUUGGGGUUCCAGCAGUUUGUGGGUGACAACGAGAUGACCUCCGACCUCAUCGACGAGGGCAAGGAGCUCAUCCGCCGAGAGAAAAGAAAAAAGCAGAGGGUGGAAGAUGGAGAGAAUCGUAGAAGAGACUGGCGGGAGCGCUAUGGGAAUCAUCGGGAGGACUAUCCCACACGGAACCGGAACGCCUACUCAGAGCUGACGGAGUCCGGAGAGCCGGAGGCAGCCGGGGCAAACAGACAAGGAAAGUUCUCCCGCCCCAGCGCCCGGCCGGAGAGGGACCGGACGGAGAGGGACCGGACGGAGAGGGACCGGAUGGAGCUCCUGCACGAUGUGGAGCCGCUGGAUUUCAGCGGAGACGCCGUCCUGGAAGAGCCCCUGGAGCCCGAAGGUGGAAGACACACAGGUGGGCGGUACCUGUCCAUGACCUCGUCCCACAGCCGAAUCUUCGACGACGUCUGAGCGAGGGAUUGGACAAGGAGAAGGAGAGGGAGAGAGAAAAGAGGGGGUGUUUACGCAGUCCUGUGGGGAGCGCAGUGAAGUGUUCAGUGUUAAUUCAGCUCUUACAGAGUUCGUAUAAACCCACCCUGGCCAUAGUGGCCUCAUAUACACUCUGUAUGUGGUGUUAUAACCCUGGACAUUUUCCAGUGAAGACUCUGGUCAGAAGAGUGAGGCUCUCUGGCCUCUGUGAAUGCAGCACAUUACCUCUCUUGUACGUGAGUGAGAUGCACUUUUUACACGCGGACUCCAUUUUAAACAAGUUUCCUCCGGGAGCGUUGAAUAUCACAAAUUCUGCCACUUCAUCGGGUUCAAAUCCGGAAACGUGCUCGUCGUUUUUGUUCUUGUUAUUUCGGUCAUGAGGGACGUCUGUAUCUGAAGUAUUUAUUUAUUUGAAGGGAAAGAAAAGAGUGAGUGUUUAUGAUCCCCUCAUCAAUCCUGCAGGGAUGACUCAGGCCAGAGGAGUGAGGCUCUUUGGUCUGUGAAUGUGCAUUACCUCUCAAGUCCCAAAACACGUUUGUCCUUUUGUUCUUCUAUUGGAGGGUCAUCUGCAUCUGUAUUUUUCCGCUGGCAGGACCUGGAGUUGAGUAGCAGUGGAGCAGGUUAUUCACCAAUCAACUAUGAAUCUUUUUUGUAAAUAUAACGAUAUUGUGAAUUUAUUUUAAGAAAGGGAUUCUUCCUUUGUGUUUUAGUGAGGCUGUCUUCCAGUCUCUGUUUGGCUUGGUGUGAUUCUUGGUAGUGUAUAAUGAGCAUGGGUAUAGUGAAGCCCUUCUGGGGGUUCUUUGCUUUGCUGUUGAGGCGCGGACCCAGUUGCUGCUGGUGUUCUGCAGACCUAACAGGGCAAAGCGCGGGUCGUUCCAUGACCUUUUGACCUUCGGAUUCAUGUCUCUUCCUCUGCCCCUUUCUCCUCGUUUUGUUUUGGCUUGCAUACACAACAUUUGCUUUUAUAAUGGUUUGAGUCAAUGACUGACAGCGUUCACCUCAGUUCACCCUGAUGAUGAAGGCACACGUCAUGUGACAUUACACAGCUCAGUGAGUCUCGGUUCAGCCGAGCCUGGGCCUGCUCGGUUCCGUUAGGAGUCCGGAAGGUGCCUUGGUCUGAAAAUGUUUGGAGACUGAAUAGAUCAUGGGUGACAUAUUUCUGUGUGAAAGUCAGACAUUUCUAUCUGAUGCGUGUCACUGAAAUUGUGUGGUCUACUUUUAAUGUGAAAUUGGUGACCAUUUAAGUUUUUGUUCAGUGAAGUUCCAAAUUAAAAGUUAAAUUGAGGGAGAAACUGGCUAACGCUUUCUGAUGACAGUGGAGUGGCAGCUAACUGCAGGUCAUCCAUUCUCAGUGUGCUUUUUUAAAAUUGACGAUCUUAUUUUUCAGCUGAAAAUCUCACCCAAGAUGGUUUAAAAUGUUCACCCUAUUUAUGCUGUAACCCAUUUGUGUGGCUUCUUCUUUCAUUGGAACAUUAACUGGUGUUUGGUACCUUUCUCAAAGGCAUAGGUGAGAGAACUUUACCUCGAGGUUAUAUCCAGGUACCUCACUGUUGCGUCGUACUGUAUUUCUUUCUUAUGAGAAUGUCAUCUUCAGUACAAACCCUCCACUUGGACCACGUUUCCAUACAAUAUAUCCUUUUAUGAACUGCACCACAGUCAUAACACUGUUUUGAAAUGCUUUGUCAUUCUGUGUUCGUGUAAUUGUUUGCUGAUAUUGCAUUGGCAUAUAAAGAUUUAAAGUCUACUCUUGGUACAUAUACCGCAUCAUGGUGGACCCCCCCACCCCCUGACCCCUCCCAUCCACUGAGGUCAGCUCCAUAAACCCACAAUAUCACAAUUACAUUUUGAGGAUGGACUGAGAUUUUUAUUUGAUCAGCCGAAAUGGAAGAUUGCAAGUCAUAUGCACAAAAUUCACACGUAUAUUUCCAAAUUGACACAAUAGUGGUAAAUGGAAUGAAUGUU